AUGAACCACGACGCACUAAAGUCAAUAGUAACAGAGACUCAGUUGGACUUAAAUCAGAAGUGUCAGCCAGUAAGAAAGAUAGAGAAUGUUUGUAAUAUCAUCAUGAUAUCUAACAACUUCAACUCAGUAAAGAUUGACAAAGACGACAGAAGAUUUGUUGUCAUUGACGUAAGCAGCAGAUACAAAGGAAAUUACGAAUAUUUCUCAAAUCUCAUUGAAAGCUUUAAUGAAGAGUUUUAUUCAAACUUACUGACGUACUUCAUGAAGAAAGAUUUAAGUGAAUUUGAUGUAAGGAAGAUACCAUUCACCAGGGCUAAACAAGAACUCAUCGAAAUGAACAAAACACCUUACCAAAUGUUUUACGAGGAGUUCUAUGAAAAGUUUGUAUCCGGAUGGAAUUGUACAGAGUGCUACAGAAGAUAUAAAGAAUUUGCGAAGGAGAAUGAAUUCUUUGCAUGUAGUUCAAAUGUAUUUGGCGGCAAGAUGAGAGAAUUUGUGAAGAGAAGUAGAAAGCGAGACGGUUCUGCAAGAAGUUAUAUUUACGAAGCAAGUAUGAUAUUAGAAGGUCGUGGAAAGAAAGAAACAGUGAAUUAUGAGGAAGUGCUUGAAAAAUUCAUGGAGUACAUGGGAAGCAAUAUAACAUACAACAAAGACAUAUACAGUGAGUUUAAGUACUACUGUGAACAGCAUGAGAUUGAAGUAAUGAGUAAAGGAGACUUUGAAACGCUUAUGAAAGACAGUAAGGAGGUCGUUCAUGAGAACAGUGUUGAAAUAGUUCAUGAGAACAGUGAGGAGGUCAUACAUGAAUGCAAUGAUGAAAUAGUUCACGAUGUCGUUCGUGAAGAAGCCAUUGCAACAAAGAAU